GUAACAGUUUGUAAUGAUUAUAUGCUCCCUUUGGUUCAUGUUUCAUUCUGUUUUUUUAAAGUCAAAAUUGUGACCUUUAGAGUUUAUUCAAUUCAUUUAUUGCCUCAUGUUUCGCCGGCCAUUCCGUGUAAUUAAUGUGAAACCAUUACUGAGGCCCACACGAUCAUGUAAUCCUUAUGAGAACAGGCUCUCCAGUACCGGUCCUCGGGGAGGUGGCCGAAAAUUUUUGGUUAGUUUGGUUGGAGCUACAACUCUUGGUAUUGGUGGUACCAUUGCCUAUGCAAGCUAUGACUCGGAUUUUAGGAAACAGCUUAAUCAAACUAUUCCUUUUUCUGAGGACAUUUUAACUCCACUGAUUGGAGCACCAGAUAGUAGCUCGAGUGUUCCAACCAAAUCACCGCUUCCAGAAAAACCUGUCAAUAGAAGCGAUGAAAGCUUGAUGAAGAAAAGACUAGAUCGAUCUAAAAUCAAACUGGACCAAGAGGCUAGCAAGGCUAUAUCUUCGAAUCCUUCCUCAUCUUCGUUGUCUCCUCAGACAGCAUCAGUUCCUCCACCGCCACUAGAUAUUCCCGAAUCUGAAAAGAAAUCUGUAAAAGUGGAAAAACCAGUUAAGCACGAGGACAAAAAGGAAGUCAAGACUUCAGAGCCUACUAAAAUCGAAAAACCAGUUGCAGUCGUAGUCCCAACCUCGGUGAAAAAUGAAUCUACUGACAAAAAGUCAUCUGUUAACAUAGCAUCUAAACCAGAGGAUCAAAAAUCGGUAAAAAGUAAUGUAUCACCAAUGAAAGAUACUAGCUCUGAUAUUUCUGACGAAUUUACAUCAACGUUGGCACAACAGUACAGCAAAAUUGAAGAUCUUGAAGCAGAUUUUGAACAGAAGAUUGAUAUGAUUCGUGAUGAAUACGAACGAGAGCUAAUGAAACAGCUCAAACGACAAGUUGCAGUAUAUCUUGAUCACUUGAAUGAUCAAUUGGAGGUUCAACGAAAUGAGAUGGAGAGAAUACAAAGAUUAGCAGAAGAAGACAAAAUUUUAGCAAUUAAAGAUAGAUUUUAUUCCGAACUUAGUGGAGCUUUAAAUAAAUUGAAUGAAAUCGAAAAUGUUCUUGCAGUUCGCAAAAAGUUGGAAGAAGAAAUCGAAGCUAGGAAAUUAUGGCUUCUCUGUCAAUCACUUAAAGACUCCCUAAAGUGUAAUGGUCUCAAGGAGCCUACACCUGUGAAGGAAGAGAUAAAUUCAAUGAAACAAACUGUUGAAGCUUUGUCAAUUAAAAGCCCAAUGACAACAUCAAUUUUAAACAGCAUACCGAAUAAUGUCAUUGAAGAAGGAGUACAUAAUGAAGAUAGUCUUAUCGAAAGGUUUCACAAAGUAGACAAACUUUGCAAACGUGUUGCCCUGAUUGGAGACGAUGGAGGAUCUCUUUACCAUUAUUUUCUGUCUUACCUUCAAUCAUUGUUGCUUAUCGAUUCUGUUAAAAUUCCUGAACAAGAAUUAACUGGAACUGUUCAAAUUGAUCCUACCCAAUGGGAUACUUUUGAAAUUCUUGCUCGAGUAAAAUAUUGUCUUGGUCAACGUAACAUUGAACAAGCCUUAAGAUAUGCCAAUCAGUUGAAAGGAGCCCCACGCAAAGUUGCAAAAGACUGGAUAAUAGACACUCGAACCCAUUUAGAAGUACGUCAAGCUACUGAAUUGCUUCAAGCCUUAGCCGCAACUAUCACAAUUAGAGCUGUUAAAUAAUUUAUUUAAUUGUAAUUUUAGAUUUCAACAAAUUACUAUAAAAUAUAUAUCUGGUGGUUGAUUGAGUGUCUGUAAGAAGCUCAUGUAAACUAGUGUCAAUUGAAGAAACAAAAUUUACGUUAAAACUUAAUUUUCAUUGUUACUGCCAUCUAGAGACUUCAAUAUUGGCUUGCUGUAACUGUGUUUUGUAAACACAAUUUGAAUUUUAACAUUAAAUCUACUGUUUCAAGUUCUGUUUAUUUAA